UUUAAGGAGGAGGCCUUGGGAGAGGGCGGACCCCGCCCGCCGGCUCGGAGCACGCUCCAGACUUAGGCAUUUCCUCCCCGCCAGCUGGCUCGGCCUCACCUCCCCUCGGAAGAGGAAACUCCCGGAGCCCAAGUAACGGGAACUAGAGCGAAGGGGAGCGGCUGGGGGCCCGGCGUCAGGAGGGCCGCCCAGGGUUGGAGGUGAGCCGGGCCGGGCCAGAAGCUGGCCGUGCACACCGCGCCGGAGCGCCGGGUGGGGAGGGCCACCGGGCAGGACGCAUCGCGCAACCGGCGCAGGGCGCGGCCCGGGGCCUGGGAGUCCGGGGCGGGCCGUAGCUGGAAAGAGAACUUGAGCUGGGAGAGGAGGCUGAGCUGGAGGGCGGCUUCCCCCAUUCCUGCAAGGGGGGAGCCGCCGUGGAGGCAAAGGAGACCCGGACAGCGGGGCCGCUGGGGCGCUGCGCGCAUGCUGGGCCGGGGGCGCCGCCGGGGCUUGCGCCCUGGGCUGCCCAGGCGCCCGGCAUGUCGGUGCACUACACCCUCAACCUGCGUGUCUUCUGGCCCCUGGUGACCGGCCUGUUCAUUGCCAUCGUGUGCCUCUACCAUGUCCUACGAGGGAGUGGGGGUGCCCGGGCCGAGGCCCCCGACGGCGCAGAGGAUGCGGACGGAGGCUUCCCUCUUCUUAAGGUGUCUGUCCUGCUCCUCCUCGGCUACAUCCUCCUACGCUGUCGCCACGCUGUCCGGCAGCGCUUCCUGCCCGCGUCUCCCCGCCUGGGGGGCCACUCCGCCUUCUCUUCAAGACAUUUCCAAGAGCCGAGCCUCGGCAUCUUGCUGGAGAGUUACUAUGAGCACGAUGUGCGCCUGUCCCCGCACGUGCUGGGCCACAGUAAGGCACACGUGAGCCGGAUCGUGGGCGAACUGGUGCGAGCUGGCCGCGCCCGGGCAUCCCCGGGCCCCAUUCCCGGGGGCACAUUGGCCUUGGCCUUUCGUGGAGACUUCAUCCAGGUGGGCAGUGCCUAUGAGCAGCAUAAAAUACGCCGGCCGGACGCCUUCGACGUGUUGGUGCCUUUGCGCCUCCCGCCGCUGGUGGCGCUGGAGCCUCGGAGCCUGGGCACCCAGCCUGCUUUGGCCCCAGCCUUUCAUGGCUGCUUCGUGUGCGCACUCAAGGCGCCGCCGGGGGCCUCCGGGAGCCACUGGCUCCGGGACUGCAAACCCUUCGCCGACGGCUUCUGUGUGGACGUGCGCGGGCGGCGCCACCUCUCGUCCACCCUGGUGCUGCGUUGGUUCCAGUCACAUCUGCAGCGCUCCCUGGCCACCGUGCGCUACAGCCUGGAGGAGCGCUGUCGGGUCAGCCUAACCCCGGGCGGCUUGGAGCAGCCUCCCACCCUGCACAUCCUGCCCUGCCGCACCGAUUAUGGCUGCUGCCGCCUUUCCAUGGCCGUGCGUCUCAUUCCCGCCGUCCAUUUGGGCGACGGUGUCUUCCUCGUGGCUCCGCCACCGCCGUCCUCGCCCUUCGGGACUUUAUCAGAGCUCCCGGGAGGCCUGCGCGCGGAUGCACUGUGGGGCGUAAACACAGCGCGGCAGGAGCAGAAGCUGCUGGGUUGGCUGCAGGAACGGGCCCCUUCAGGUGCCUGCUACCUCAAGUGCCUGCAGUUGCUUAAAGCUCUGCGAGACCUGGGCGCCCACGGGCUGGACCCGGUGGCCGCCACCCAGUGGGGACGCAUCCUGUCCUCAUACGUGCUCAAGACGGUGCUGCUUGCAGUGCUGCUGCGUGAGAGGGCUCCGGAGCAAGGCUGGGAUGAGGCGCACCUGGGCAAGCGCUUGGAACAGUUGGUGCGGUUUCUUAGGGACUGCCUGCUGCGACGCCAAACACUCUUCCACUGCGUCCUGGGCCCUGGUGGGGCGGCCGCCGAAGUGGGCCCACUGCCCAAAGUACUGCGUGAAGCUGCUCCAGUUGACCUCCUGGCUGCUUUCGAUAAUCACUCCCGGGAACUCGCAGCCGCAAGGUUGCUGUCCACAUGGCGAAGGCUGCCCCAGCUUCUCCGGGCCUAUGGGGGUCCCCGCUACCUUGCCAGGUGCUCCCCACCCCGGACUCAGCACACCCAGGGAUUCCCUAAAGACGAACCGUAAACCCUGACAGUGCCCCUACCAGGCCUAAUGCUCCUAAAGCCUCUCCUACCAGCUAGGGGUGGGGAUGGCAAUGAAGCCAGUUCUACUCCAGGAAGAUGAGCUGCAGAAGGUGUUGGAAAAUUCAGAGGAUGACAUUUGGUGGCAUAAAUGCCACCCUUGGGUUCACAGUCCCGAAUAGUUAUGGCAUCUUUUCACAUCCACCAUGGUGCCUUGGGCAAGCUUUGGAGAAACAUCCAACAGCACAGCUAAGAGUCGUCGGAAGGCUGGUUUGUGUGGAAUGACUGACUGACAGUGUAGAAGGAUCCGUGGAUUUCAGGGAAGUCUAGUUAAGGAAGCAAGCAACUAGCAGCAGAGAAAGUUCCCUCUGCUGGUUUUUGAGCUGCAGAUCUCUCUGGCCCUUACAUUUAAAGAAGUUAAUGUUUUUUUGGCAUAACUACUUGCUAGGUCCUGGGUUCCUGAUCAUCUUUUUCUAAAAUGAGUAUCUACAACUGGAAUUGAAAUUCUAUUCUAGGGGCUCCUGAUCUGAGGAACAUUGUCUCUGCUCUUCAAAUUAAUAUUAAUGUGUUUUUUAAAUGGUACAAUCACCAGUGUUCGAUGGGACUGUGAAGAAGUGAGUCUCACAGGUUGCGAGGCAGUCAAGAGUUGGUUAGAGAAAUUCCAGAGCAAAUAGCACUUUAUUUUGAUCAUUUGUGGUAAUUGUCAGUGCCAAGUGUUGCAUCUGAAAGGGAGGCCAGCCAUAUUUACCAUUAAGAAAUGUGUAGUCUUGAGAAGCAGGCUUGUUUUACUUCCCUCCAGACACAUGCCAGAAUGUGUACCAGUCAACACCCAUUCAUGGAGCACAUGCUGGGAGCCAGGCACAGUGCAAAGCAGCAUCAAAGUGCAUAUUUAUUUAAGACAACAGUGGUGAGGGCGGAAAACAUGUUGGGUCUCGAGAAAGAUGUAUUUUAGUUUUUGCCUGUCAAGGUGUCUCACUGGGACUUGCUGCUGGCUGGAGAUAGAAACCUUGUUUGUUUUAAAGCUUUUAAGCAAAUUCCUUUGCAUGAGACUUCUUUCUGAGUUUAAUGAAAUAAUGAAGAGGAAAUAUCCACUGCAGUGCCUAGGAUGUAGUUAGAACUCUCAAUGCUUAGUAAUGGUUAGUGGUUGAAAAGUUUUUCUCCCAUUGCCCAAGCUACCUUUAAGUGGUCCAGAGGCAAUUUGGAGGCGUGGUUGGUUCAGCACAGGUCUUGCAAAGCAUUUCAUUUAUGUGCAUGUAGUUCAGUAUCUUGGGCUCUGGACUUGAAGACCAGUGUCUCCCUGAUCAGUCAGCCAAGGAGAAAUACAGCAGAGGAGAGCAAGAGGAGAUGGGUGGGGUUGGAGGGAGACAGACCUCGUCAGCAGGCAGCUUCUUUUUGUCUUUGCGCAGAAAUAUCACCAGGUUGGGUGUAUUUUGCAGCUAGGAGGAGCCCAUUAUGAAAUCCCUUCCUGUCCUCCCAAAUUUCUAACAGCCCACAAUUCCCACUUUAGAAUGGUCCAUCAUAUACUCACCUAAUAGAAGCUGCAGCCAGUCCCUGUGUUAGACUUUUUUUUUUUAAACAGACAUGUGCUCCCUUAGACUCUUAAAGAUAAAACUUGGAGGACAGAAGUAGCCACCUGAAUAGGGCCGUUGUUUAACUUCUGAGUUAUUUUAAGGGAACUCUUUAAACUUUCUUUAGGGGACCUACUCAGCCAUUGCAGGAAAUCAUUGUGAAUAAAUAGUGUAUAGGAAAUCCUCAGCAGAACUGCAGAGACUUCCUACAUACUUCGUAACCUUGGACUGCAAGAGUUGCACAUGUGCUUUCUCUUUGAGGUUGUUUUGGGGAGAGUUCCCCUGGAUACCACAAAGAUUACUUCUAGCUUUUGAGGUCAGUGUUAGGUUUUAAGGUACUGCAUUUAGCAAAGGGAUCAGUAUACCAACUUCCUGCGAAGAUAUAAACUGCACAGUGUUUUAAAAAAUUACUUUUUAAAGUAAAUGCCAACAGGAAUUAGGCCCUAUAUUGUUUCCUAGUCAGCCACAAUUUCCCCUGUGGUCAUUAAGGCUACUGGAACCAGGGACAGCGAGGCUCUUCGAAGGAUUAUAAAGCUUUAAAAGUUGAAUUUUCCUAAUAUUUCUAGAUGAGUUGAUAGGUUUCUUUUUUAUCUUAAUAGUGUUUUGAACUUUAAGUCUGAUAACAUACUGUUCUUAUAGGUUUUUGUUGUUGUUUUCCUUCAGGUUAAUUACCCAAAGCCUCAUCCAUCCUCAAGAUUUUAAAAUUUUAUUAUUUUUUUAAAUUAAUGGGGCAUUGUAUUUGUGAAUUUUUUAAAUAUUAAUGCUUUAUUUAAAUGCCAUGCUGAGCAAUUGUUCUCUGUACAUGGUGACCAAAACUUGGAGUUUUCGAUCAAUUUUGAUCAAUGUUUAGUAAUUCCAAACAUGUACUGUGUACAAGUGAAAUAAUAUGGCAUAUUAGCCAGGUGUGAUGGUUGCCCGAGGCACUUAAAUUAAGCUCAGUUCUAUAUUUUAUUAGGGCUCCAUCAUGAUCUUGAUCAGAAAAGUACACAUUUUUGGUGUAUACCUGGUACUGGAGAUUCAUAUUUGCAAAUAUACAGGAAGGCUCAGAAUCCCCCCCUUUUUUUUUUUUUUUUUUUUAAAGAUUGAUUGUCCACAGCCAGUGCCCAGAGAAAAUGUUUGGGGAAAAUGACUCAGCCAUUUUGCCACGAGACACUCUUCAGUAACUCCCACUGACCAGUCCUGGGAGCCAUCCUAGAAUGCUCGUGGGCAGAGAGUAGGAGGCAGAUUUUUUUUUUCCCCAAAAUGAAACUGAAGUGAAAGAAGGAAGAAUGCAAGUGAACCAAGAGAAAUAUGAAGGACUCUGGAAGGAAGGCUCAUGAUGGAAGUGAAAGGAAGGAGAGAUGGGGUGGAAAUCAUGUGAGGGUGGGAAGGAGGUUUGGGUUGGGAAACACAUUUUUAGGUAUGUGCUCUUUUUAAAUCAGGGGUCGCAAACUCAGCAGCCUGCAGAAACAAGGUAGAGAAGGGGUGGGUGGGCAGUGGGGGCUUCUUGUGGUAAGGGCUAUUACUUGGCUUCAGGCAGGGAAAAGGGUACAGAGGGGCUAGAAGUCAGGACUCUUUAAAAGUGAAACUUUCUGAUUGUUAAAAUAAUUUUUAAAUGUCCAAAACACCAUGUGGGCCAAACAAAAUGUUUGGUUGAACCUGCAGGCCUCCAGUUUCCGACCCUUGCCUUACACAGCUAACCCCCCAAGUAUGUAUAAGGUUAUAUUUAUUGUUGUGGAUAUGAUGCUGUUAUACAUAGUUGGGGAGUGAUAUUUGAGUCUCUUUUAUCUCUCAGAGCUAAGCUUUAUUGUAGAAACAAACCAAAAAAAAUUAACACGGCCACAGAUAACACUUUACUCAUAAUUCCCAGAAGGACCCUCUGUCCUGGAGCUGUUCUUUGUAGUCAGACCCUCCAGCAAAAGCCACAGGGGCCAGUUCUUGGCAUUUCCUUCCCAGUGAGUCAGUUAAACUCCUAGGCUAUGUCAGAGUUUGAAGAUGAGUCAUCAGGAAGGAUUGCAGAAAAACUUGUUUCUUUUUUAUUUGCAUUUUAUUUUAAAAUUAAUGAUUAUUAUUAUUUUUAGUGGUGUUCUUGCCUGUGCCUUAGCAAUGAUAGCUGGUGGCCUGCAACACCAGAAAAACAAUGCUGGACCCUUGGGCCAAGCUUCUUGGGCUUGCUGCCGUGUCCAUGGCCAAGAACACUGUUCCGAUCAGAUGUGCCUAUCUCUUUCUGACUCCGAGGCUCCCACCAAAACCGACAUCCUAGCAUUCUGAAGGAAUUAACCUAACUGCUUCCAAAUUGUCUCUUUUAUCCUCACAGAGUAAGUCACUUUUUCUGUAAAAUGUGGCUUUUGACCUUGAUGCCAAAGACUUAACUUAUUCCACCCAUGAACAGAGGAGGGUUAUUACCUCCCUCCCCAGUAGUGGAAAAAGUGAAUCUCAUUAAUAUUUCCAGUGUCCCUCGAGAGGGAAAGAAGUUCAGUAUUAUCAUGUGGCAUUUGUUAAUUUUUUAAAAAAUCACAUGUCUAUUACUUAGACCUACUGUUUAUUUUUUUUUAUACCUACGUAGCACAUGAUAUGGUGGGGAUAAAGCAAGUAUAAAUUGGGAGCAGGGGAAGUUAUAUGCAAUCAGCUACACAGAGAGAACAGACUAAAACAUGCAGCUAAAUUACAUAUAAUCUGAUUUUUGAAGUAUCAGAUAUUCAGGAAUAUUUUAGCACCUUUUACUUUUAAAAGAAUGUGCCUUGAUUUAGUCAUUUGACUUUAAAACAUUCCUCAUAUUUUAUUGUGAUUUUUAAUGUGUGUUUUGACCCCAAACUGGGUAUUUUGACGCAGUGUGUCAGCUGCAGUCACAGCAUGUUUUGUUCCAAUAACAGAGACCAAAGAGUUCAUCAGUUACGGUUCCGCUGCUACAGUUGUGUGAUUAAGAGGCAUUUUAAUCACAGCGUAUUUCCACGGCCCAAACAACUGAGGCCUGCCAUUUGUUUUCUAUUUCAGGUUGGAGUAAAUUUGCACUUUUAAUCAUAUGGGUCAUUUGGGGACCUUGUUCUUUUAUACUUUGCUUUGUUAAUAAAGGUACCUGUAGAAACCUGUG